GGGGACUACGAGGAGGCAGCCUGAAAAAGCGUCUCUUUUCGAGACUCAGUUAGAGAGAGCCGGAGCUUUGGGCUGUGCUUCUGGUGCGGUGCUUGACAUAGGAACGAGAAAGAGAACGCUCGGGAGACCGACCGACCGACAGUCACGCACGCAACACAGACAGCGAAGUGCAGGCUCUCCGCAGAGAAAAAGAAGGAACGAGAGACAACCGAGGCGCAGAAUAGAUUAGUACGGGGAAGAGAAGAUUCAGUCCGGGGAGGAGCAGUUCCUCCUACUUCCCAGCGCAUCAGGAUCUGCUAUUCAUUCUUUUAUUCGCCCAAUAAUUUAUUCUCCCACCCCACCGAUCUGCUGAGAGCUUUCCCUUCCUUCGCUAAGCGGAUUGGAUUUUUUUUUUAAGUGAAAAAAGAAAGAGUGGGGGGGUGGGGGAACCAUUCCCUCUCCUCGCCUUAACUCUUAAGAGAAGGGGCCCCAGUCUGAGUGAAUCGGGACUCCUCUUGAAGGUGUUGGGUUUUUUUUUUUUUUAAAUAUUUUUAAGCAAAACAAACCUAGCCACUCAACGCCAGCUUGAAAGCAGCGAGUCACAGCCGCCUCGGGAUCCAAGUCCAGGCGAGAGACCUUGUGUGCGGGGGGAAAUGCAUUGAAACUUUUGGCAAACUUUUCUCCCCCCCCCCUUUUUUUGUGCUUCUGUGGUGCGCGCGCGCGUGCUGUGUCUUGCCAUUGAGAGGUGGGAAGGAAAUCUGUUACAAUUCGGAGUCGUCUGGGGUGUUGCGAGGAUUGUUCCGUGGGGGCGUCGGAUCGGAACCGAGCUGAGCCGAGGACCUUGAAAUCUGUACAAGUAGAGGAGAAACAGAGAGGUGUGGAGCAGAUCCGCGAUCUUUGGCGCCGAGGGAGCCGGGCUUAUGGACGGGUGAAACUAGAGACAGAAAUCUCUCUCUCCCCGCCGCCAGCACCACCAACCUCUAAGCUUUCCCUGAUCGCCCAGGAGAAGCGGCCCCAGGAAAAAGGAAGACGCGGAAUAGCGAGCCAGAGAGGACCUAACCACCUAUUCCAGCCUCAGCUUGCUCCAGGAAUCAUGAACUUUCUGCUCACUUGGAUCCAUUGGGGGUUGGCGGCGCUGCUCUAUUUUCACAACGCCAAGUUAUCCCAAGCUGCUCCUACCCAGAAAGAUGCGAAGCACCACAAUGACGUUAUCCCAUUUCUGGAGGUCUUCAACCGCAGUGCCUGCAGGGCAAUUGAGACCAUGGUGGAUAUUCUCCAAGAAUAUCCCGAUCAGGUGGAGUACAUCUUCAAGCCAUCAUGUGUGCCCCUGAUGAAGUGUGCAGGGUGCUGUAAUGAUGAGGCGCUGGAGUGCGUUCCCACAGAGAUGGGCAACAUCACCAUGCAGAUCAUGAGAAUUAAACACUUUCAGGGCCAGCACAUGAGCCAGAUGAGCUUCCAAGAGCACCAUAAAUGUGAAUGCAGACCAAAGAAAGCUAAACAAGAAGAAAAAUCAAAGCGAGGAAAGGGGAAGGGUCAAAAGAGAAAGCGCAAGAGAGGCCGGUAUAAACCACAAACCUUUCACUGUGAGCCUUGCUCAGAAAGGAGAAAGCACUUGUUUGUACAAGAUCCCCAGACCUGUAAAUGUUCCUGCAAAUACACAGACGCACGUUGCAAGUUGAGGCAGCUUGAGUUAAACGAGCGCACUUGCAGAUGUUAUGCACCGAGAAGGUGAGCAGCAGAAAAGAAAAGGGGUAGGGGAACAGCCUUGGUUCUGGAGCCUGAUUUCUCGCCUGGUCAAAAAACACUAAUCCCAAUGAACACUAAAAUGAAGGAUCAGUAGAGCACAGCACUUUGAGUACGGACGAUGGACUCCGGAAGGAACAUUCCCCGAGACCCGCACAGGAUUCACCUUUUUGGUUUUGAAUUGUUCUUAUAUAGAGACUUUCCUUCUCAUGCUGCUAAAUAAUAGAGCCAGGGAGAGUAGAGUGGCGUAUGUUUUGGGAGAAGCUCCCAUAUUUACAUGAAUAAUAUAUACAUAUCUUUGUAUAUAUAGAUAUACCUAUAUAUUCUGACUUUAAAACAUUGCUAACAUUAUUGGUGUCUUCACUGGAUAUACUCAACUGCUGUGGACAUAUGUGGGCUACUUGGGGCAUAUGAAAGAAACCACGACUGGACUUCAGCCAAAGUGCUCAGUGUAUUCUUGCUGACUCUGUGGAGCAUGUUACUCCACCAACUUCAGUUCCCCCAAAUCUUAGAUGGAGAGAGGAAGGGGCAGGGGAUUCCAAAGAUGGCGCCUUGGAAUAUUAUGGGUCAAAAGGUCAAGGACUCAGUAUGCUGGGACUGAGGAUUCUGUCCACUUCCCUCCCCCUCUUCCACUCAGUUCUUUGCCCCGACCUGUCUCACAGUCUGCCUGCUUUGCUGGGACAUGGGACAUUGGUGUACAUUUUUGUAUUGACUUGCUGCAGAAACUCUGCCAUGGAUAUAAAGUCUGGCCUUAAAGAUGGGAAGUGGUUGUUGCAAGGACUUUUCAGCUUGAGGAAAUGUCACUGGAAUCUGCAAUCUUCCACCCCUGUUGGCUACUUAAAUAUAUAGCUGGCAGUACAUGGAAGCAAGAAUGGGGAUUGGUGCAUAGCCAGACGCAGCACUGUCUGUAGUCAUUAUGCACACAGCUGCCACUGAAGAUGCUUCUGGAACAUCUCUGGAAAGGGAUAUUAAUCUAAAGUGUGUGUGUGUGUGUGUGUGUGUGUGUGUGUGUGUGUGUGUCUGUCAGAGAGAGUGAGUGAGUGAGUGUCUGGUUGUUGGAUAUAUACAGACAACUGUCAAGGCAUUUUUGUGUCUUAAUAUGUUAGGUAGCACCAUUUAGAGCCCUCUGACCAUUUUCAAAUGAGAGUUUACUUCUGGUACUGUAAAUGUGUUAAUCUUUUCCAUUUUGUGACAUGAAUGUGUUGAAAUAUUAUGUGCUCUCUUGGAGUAAUAUAACCUUAAUUUCCAUAACUUCUGUAGACUAUCCUACUGCUACAAUCAUGGGAUAGUGCUGCCUCUCUCACCAGUAUACCAGCUUGUCUCUGAAGAAGUGUUCAGCUGCAACCUUAAUUAACAAGACCCUAUGAAAGAGAGAUCUCAGGAAGAGAGGCAAUAACCUGUGAAGUAAACUCUCAUCUGGACAAGACUUCUGUUUUGGGGAUGCCUGUAUUAAGAUGUUUUCAAGGAAGCCUAAUUUUGCAUAACAUUGAACAUGUGCCAUGGGGAAGUCUAGUUUGGUUCAGGGUCUCCUGUUGGGUUGUUGAAUGCUCAGUGCUGUAAUGUUCUGAGGAUACUUGUCUGAACUGGCCAGAUGUUGUAAAUGUAGCCUUAACGUGACUAACAUUGAUCUUGAUACAACUGCUUCUGCACUAAAAGGUUAAGUAAUACAUAUGCAGAACCUGAUUAAAAAUAGUAGGACCCAGAGUGGCUAGCAUUUCUGGGCUGCCUAGGGCUUGAUGAUAUCACCCCAACUCCUUUUAGAUCAAUUCAGUACAAACCUGAAUUCAAGGUUUUUUUGUUUUGUAACAUCGGGCCCAGACACCAUAAAAGAGCAACACGAUUGUUGGCUAUCUAUUGCCUGCCAUCCCAAGCAUGCAGGUUUUUCAUGCAGGUUUUUCAUAAGUGUCUCUAGCAAAUCGGUAGGUAUCCUUGGGUCUUCAGAAAGAGCCUUGGAACACGCAACUUAGCAAGAGCUCCAUUUUAACAUUUGUGUGGGGAACUCUUUAAAGUAUGUGGCUAGCCAUCUUGGUACGUGACCAUUAUUCUGAAUCUGCUUCAGUGCUCUUGUGAGAUCAGGCUCAGUGCCUUGCGAGAUAAAGCACUUUAAACACUACAGCACCCCACACCACUAGGCAAUUCAUUCAUAAAAAUUCUGAUCUGGAAAGGAAAUGGUAGAGUAGAAAUUUAAAGGCAACAGUGUCCUUUAAGUGCCUGAAAUGUGUUGACUUUUCAAGGACUCAGUGGCCUGAUCUUGCUUUUCUAGUGAAUGAGUGAAUCUAACGAGGCCAUACUGAUUGCUUGGUGAGCACAACAUUACAAACCAUGGAUACAGUCCGCUGGUAGUUUUUCUGUCGUUAUAGCUGAAAUGCAGUGAGGGUAGUUGUUCCUGCACAAUCCUCAAUGCACUUUGAUCCUGCAAAAGCAGAGUUUCUAUUUCUUGUAGGAUUGUAUCCAUCAUCUGUGACACUGCAGGCAGCUUGACCUUCUUACAUGUAGCUAUGUGCCGUGUGUGGACAUUUAAGAGCAGAAGUGGCAUGGUUGCCCUUGAAAAUCUAUUCAAACCAUUAUGCUCAGUAUACUGGUAUCCAGUGUGUAUGUAUACACACCAUUGUGCUUGUAUUUUUAUGUGGCUUUAUAAAGGCCCCAAAGGAAAAAAAAAACCCACGCUCAGCAGUAGCCUGCGCUUGUACAUAUCUGGCUGCUCAAAAGAUGGUCACUUAUAUCGGCUUUGAUCAUGCUGAUCACCUGUGCAUGGAAUGGGGGAAAGAGGCUGAAUCCAAACUUUCCCUCCAGUGGAAAGUUCUGGGGUUUGCCCCUCCACCCAUUCUCCUAAAAAAGGUGAUCGGCACAGUCAAAACUGACUUCUGACAAUCUAUUUGGUUUUGCAAGCCCACUCCACAGUCCAGUGCCUGGUACUGUGCAUACAGCUCUUAGUUCUGAAUAAAGAGAUCCAGUGCUGGGAACUAUGUGCACAGCACCCUUUUCUGUGUGUGGAAGUCUGUGUUCACGUGCCAGUUGCCCUGACUGGAUAGGGUUACAUGAUUGGUUCUGAGUUCCAGAAACUUAUAUCAUGAGAUACUUCGUCUGUGUCAGAAUUCUGCCAAACUCCUGUUUACUGACAACCCAAACUGGCCUAAACUAAGUUUGUGACAACUGUAACUAUUAACCACUAUGAAGUCCCCUUCCAGCCAGUGGCAAAUGUGGUGUGCAUUGUGGAGUGAGUGUGUGUGUGUGUGUGUGUGUGUGUGUGUGCGCGCGUGCGUGCGCGCGCUUGCAUAUGUGUGCAUGUGUAGAAUUGAAAUGUGUAUAUAGUCAUGCUGUGAGAGAUGACAAAUUGUUCUAUAUACUUGUUUAAUAUCCCUUUUUAAAAAAACUUAGAAAUUAAAAAGAUAAUUUAAUUAAAAGUAGGGAUUUUUCAGUAUUUUUGUUAAUAUUUAAUUUCACUAUUUAUAAGCCGUACCUCUUUUUUUUUGUACUGUUUUAUGUAUACAUUUUUAACUCUUUUGUUCCAUCCCAUCUCUUACCAGUUGGCAGUCAGUAGCAUGUUAUGAUCAGUUAUUUAAUUAAUAUCUCUAACACCCACCCCUACACAUUCCUUUCAAGACAAGAGUUAUACAUUUACAUACUAUAUAUAUAUUUGGUUAUAUGUAUGUAUAUAUAUAUGUUUAUGUAUAUGUGUGAUUCGGAUUAAAUAGACACUACGAUUUUUUUAUAUAUGUAAAAAAGACCCCACAAGGAAUAUAGAAAACUUUACCCCCUGAAUCUUUUUUAAAAUUUUAAUAUUAUCAUUUUAUUUAUUGGUGCUACUGUUUAUCUGUAAUAAUUGAGGGGAAAAAGAUAUUAACACUUGUCUAGUGGAUUUUUUCAAGAUAUUCCGUAGUAAAUAUUUAUUUUUAAACAAAAAUAUAUAUAUCUUAAAAAAAAACACCAUCUAUGAUCGGCAAACCUUUUUUGUAUUAAAGAAUUUAAUUCUGAUAUUAGUUUUCUUUUUUUUCCCUUUUCCUUUUUUGCUUUUUUCCCUUUCCCUUUGCAUCUUAUUUUUCUGUUGGUGUUUGAACUGGUUUUGCUAAUCAGCUGGGGGUGGGGGAGAAAAAGCAUGUACAAACUAGUCAUCAGAAUGUUAUGUCCAGAAGCAGCUCUAGGAAUUUGUGAGACAGUGGACACACUAGCCCUGUUCAGAUGUUAUGCAAACCGUGAAUGCCAUACACAUGUACUGCAUCCCCUUGAAAGCCCUGGUGCCCUGCUGCGAUGCUUGCAGAAACCUUGACCUUUGCUCUUCACAGUUACAUUUGUCUGCAGAGACAAACUUGGUACUUGUGGAGUGAUGCUUCCUGUGAGCGGUAUGCUGGAGCUCCCCAGUGUGAUGCAUCAUGGUGAGGAUCUCUCUGCAAAUACAGCAUUUGUCUCUGCAGACAAAUGCUGUAACCAUGGAGAGUAGAGGGCAGCAUUUUUGUACAGCAUAUGGUAGAGGACAGGGAUUUCAAGUGCAUUCUUAGGGACACGGUGCAUGAGUUUGCAUAAAGCCUGAACGUGGCUACUAUCUUCCUUUCAUUUUAGAAUCCAGGCUACAUAAUGAAUUUUAACAUUAAGAAUACAAUUCCAUGCAUAUCAAAAAGUGUUGGAUGAGGCUUGUUGCCUGGUAAGUGUAUAUAAGAUUGCAGCCUUAGUCAGUUAAUUGGGAGACUAAAAAAAUAUGGAUGGCAGCUGCUGCUGUAGAAGAGGCAGUGGGCUGGUUCAGAUUAUACUUUUCUGACCUGAAUGAGAACACACAGGAAGUGAGUGUGCAAGUCCUUCCCUGCUACGGGCUCACAGGGGCACCUUUCCUUAGUCAUGUGUGUGGGGAAGAGCUGGUUUGCCCAAACUGCUCCUCUACAUACAGCCCAAAUAUGAAUAUGUUUAGUGUGUGUAGAGCAGUGGCUGAGACAGACCACUCCCCCUGAGGAAAGGCACCCAUAUGCCUCUGGGGGAGAAAAUCAUGUGUGCUCAUGGCAUGUGCACAUAUCCGUAUUGCAUAGGGGCAACUGCUGGACAAAGUAUCGACCCAAUUGGCCCAUUGUCUUUUCUCUUUCAGAGGGGGGAAUACCUUCUCUAAGAUGGUGUCUUCAGUGACACACACAUGCAUUGACUAAAGACAAAAUAUGUCUCCUCCAACACUGUCUUGGUAAUAUGCAAAUUUAAAUGAUCCAUCAAUUUAAACUAAAUUGAUUAGUCAAUCAACGAAGGUUUCUUUAAGCAGGUGACAGACAUAGUUAUCAAGUAAAUCCUAAACUAUAUUCAGUAUGACUUUUGCAGAUUGAUACAGUAAACACACACUUAUAGGUGAAAUACCACAAGUCUUGAAAGCUAUUUUAUCUGGAUCUCUGCUACUGAAGGCUUACACUUUCAUUGUGCUGUCUCUUCAUCUUAAGAGGAAAUCAAAUUUGACCUGGUCUGCUGCAUACAUUGCCCAGGAUCAUAUUGUUUCCCCUCUAUAAUCUUGUUUGUAGCUCCGGAGUCCUCUGAUUUCACUCUCCCUUAGGAUAGUGAUUGUGUCUCUUUGGGAGAAAUGGGCUUUAGACCUACCCAGCCCAGAUUAAUGGCACAGUGGAGAAGCAACUUGCCUAGGGAGCAAGAGCGAAUCCCCCGCUCGUAUGUUUGCCAGACUAUGGGAAACACCUAUAUUGGGCAAUAGUGAUAUAGGAAGGUGAUGAAAGGCAUCAUCUCAUACUGUGGGUGGAUGCAAUGGUAAACCCCUCCUGUAUUCUACCCAGAAAACCACAUGGCUCUGUGGUUGCCAGGAGUUGACAAUGACUCAACAGCACAAUCUUUCCUUUCCUUUCCAGACUAUUAGCUAAACAUAGAUAAUUAGGACUGUGGAUAGAACCUGAGUCCAAUUCUUGGAGCAUAUGGAUUUUAAUGGAAAUUUCAGUCUACUACUAGUCAUGGUGGCUAUAUGCUAUCUCCAUGUUUGGAAGCAGUAUCUCUCUGAUCUACCAGUCAUUGGAAAGCAACAGCAGGAGAGGACUACUUGCCUACAUGUCUCGCUUCAGGAUUUAACAGAGGCAUAUGGUAAUCCCAGACUGGACACUGUAGAAACAGGAUGCUUGACUAGAUGGCCUUUGGUCUCAUUCACUAGAGCUCCUCUUAAGUUCUCUGCUUUCCCUGCUUAACUUCCAGCUCCAUCAGUAUUCUGGUUCAUUUAAACCAUAACUUCAGGUUGUGGAAAAAUGGGAACUAUAGUUUAAACUCUGGUUUACAAGUCAGGAUGUUAAAACCAACUUUAAACUCUGGUUUAAUAUCCAGUUUUGUAAGAUAGAAUUAAAAUGCAGUUCCUGCAUUUCUUUAAACCACAGCCAAGUGGUUUAAAGAAAUUGGGAUUCUUUACUGUGAGCAGAGGGGGUGGGGCGGGAGCAUGCAAGCUUGCUGGUAUUUUGGUUGCAAAUAUGAAUUGAUUGUAUCAAUUGUCGAAAUAUGAAUUAAUUGUCUGAAUCAGUCCAGAGUCGCCUUCCUUGAUUCCUAGACAUUCCAUCCAUUUUUGGAACCCCUUAGAUACUAUGAUUUAGACUGUAUUCAGCAAUGGAAUGAGUAGGAUGUUGCUUUCUAAAUGUAUUGUGGACUAUACAAAUAUAUAGAUUAUGUCUUUUUAAACUUGCAAUGCUUCA